UUGACGUCCGUUUCUUUACUCGAGAGAGGACGCAGAGAGAGAGAGAGAGAGAGCUCAAAGAGUGGAUCUUCACGCAAACUGGAGAGCAUUGCCUCCCUUUCUGGUUACUCUCUCGACGACUCUUCCCACGGAUCUGGAGAAUCGACCGUUCUGCACCUGUUUUAAUCCCGUCGUUUCUUUGUUUUGUUCGAUCAUCAUUUGCAGAUCCAACCAAGUCGAUUCAUCUGAUUCGGGUUUCCCCAUGUACGGGGCACCAUCAUAUACGUAUCAAUAGCAGAUAUCUGUAGGACGCGUCGAGCCGUCAAAUGGGUUCGAAGAAAAAGGCUACUUACCGUAAAUCCUCUCCGUCCUCUGGUUCUCAGGAUGCGGAUACGUUGAUUCAAGGAAUCCGAGCAAAGCAUCAAAAGGAAUUAGAAAAUUUGACGCUUAUGUCACAACCUUUCAAAACAUUACAGUUUUUUAUUUUGGCAGUUAUUCAAUAUCUUAAGAGAUCGGUUUUAUAUCUAUUGGCACAUGGCAGUUGGUCCAUGGUUUUCUGCACCAUUAUGGUCCUUAUUGGAAUACUGCUUUUUACCAUUGAUGGUCCUCAUGAAAAGCAUGUUGAGGAGCUUCGUCAAUAUUUACAGUUCGGAUUGUGGUGGGUGGCUCUUGGUGUUGCAUCUUCUAUUGGUCUUGGAUCUGGCUUGCACACUUUUGUCCUCUAUCUUGGUCCUCAUAUUGCCUUAUUCACAAUAAAAGCUACACAAUGUGGCCGAGUUGACCUGAAAAUGGCUCCAUAUGAUACAAUUCAAUUAAAGCGAGGUCCUUCAUGGCUUGACAAGGAUUGCUCAGAAUUUGGGCCCCCUUUAUUUUCACUUGCAUGUGGUACACGGGUUCCACUAAGCAGCAUAUUGCCUCAGGUCCAGAUGGAAGCUAUUUUAUGGGGCCUUGGGACCGCACUUGGGGAGCUCCCUCCAUAUUUUAUUUCCAGAGCUGCCAGAAUGUCACGUAAUAGAGUGGAUACCAUGGAAGAAUUCGAUGCCUCCAAGACUGAAGAUAAUGGGUUCAUAGCUAAUCAUCUAAAUCGGAUGAAGCGUUGGUUUUUAUCACAAUCACAAUAUUUGAACUUCUUCACAAUUCUAGUGCUUGCUUCGGUGCCAAAUCCGCUAUUUGAUCUUGCUGGCAUUAUGUGCGGACAAUUUGGAAUCCCUUUUUGGGAGUUUUUUCUCGCAACACUGGUUGGAAAGGCAAUUGUCAAAACUCACAUACAGACAGUGUUCAUUAUAUCUGUUUGCAACAAUCAGCUUCUUGACUGGAUAGAAAAUGAGAUGAUUUGGGUGCUUAGCUUUAUCCCUGGUUUCGCUUCUGUGCUGCCUAAUCUCAUUGCAAAAUUGCAUGCAAUGAGAGCCAAGUACAUGGCAACCCCUGCUCCUAUGCCCUCAAAUAUCAAGGUGAAGAAAUGGGACCUUUCAUUUACUUCAAUUUGGAACUCCAUUGUGUGGCUCAUGAUCAUGAACUUCUUUGUGAAGAUCUUGACCUCAACUGCACAGAAAUAUCUUAAGAACCAGCAGGAGAUAGAGUUGGCAUCGAGGCAGUCAAACGACUCCAAUCAUGUGUCUUGAUGAAGUUUUAAUUCUUAAACACGGUCAUUGAACUCCCCCCUUUUUCCUUUUUCUUUUGCCGAUGAAUUGUUUAGCCGGCGGGGCUAAAGGCCGCCAUAGAAGCCGCUCACAUAUACCCCCCCUCUGCGUCAAAUGUGAUCGAUGUUCUUCUUCACAGAGAAGACGACUUUGUAUAGCUUCAUGUAUGAAUUACCAGUUUUCAUUAAUCUGCUGUAAGCCAUUGUUGUGGAGGGAAAUUUUAGGUGCCAUUAUUACCUAUUGCUGUGGGGAUUGGAUCACUGGGGAGAACCAAUUAAUAUUCUUUGCAAUGCAAGACAACAAUUAUCUUCUUGCUUGUCCUUAUUA